GGGAAUGCCAUGGCUCAUUUAUACUGUGUGCCUAUGAUCUGCUUCAUUAUACUUGUGGAAAUAACAAUAAAUUUUACUUUGACUUUGCAACCAAUCAAUCAAUGUAUCAAAAACGAUCCUUCAUAGAAGGAAGAGCAUAUCACUGUAAAUAUCAACUAUUGGCGACAGUCGUGGAAGAAGGGUAAAGUGAACCAGCUGAAUCGCCCGCCUGCCCAAGCCCCGAUUCCUUUACAAAGAUGAAGUUCCUCGGUAUGUCGCGCAGUGAAGAUGUAAAGGCACGUCGCGGCAUGAUGACGUUGCGGAGAGGGUAUUCACGUGUUCGCCAUGGCGUGUCGGGUCGGGAGGCCAGAGCACCGGGCGCCUCCUGAAGUGUUUUACAGUGUGGAUGAAGCGAGGAAAUAUACACAGAACACUCGUAUGAUUGAAAUCCAGGCACAGAUGUCAGAGAGAGCGGUUGAACUACUGAAUUUACCACAGGAUCAACCUUGCUUCCUCUUAGAUGUUGGGUGUGGAUCAGGACUCAGUGGGGAUUACCUUUCUGAAGAAGGACAUCAGUGGGUUGGUGUCGAUAUCAGUUCAGCCAUGCUGGAUGUUGCACUGGAGAGAGAAGUAGAAGGUGAUCUUAUUCUAGGAGACAUGGGUGCGGGUAUGCCAUUCCGGCCCGGCAGCUUUGAUGGCUGCAUCAGUAUUUCUGCUCUUCAGUGGUUGUGCAAUGCAGAUAAGAAGAGUCAUGACCCUCCAAAACGGCUCCACAGAUUCUUCAGUUCUCUCUAUGCCUGUCUGGUGCGAGGAGCUCGAGCUGUGUUUCAGUUUUACCCUGAGAAUUCUGAGCAGAUGGAGUUGAUCACAGCCCAGGCAAUGAAGGCUGGUUUCACAGGUGGUGUGGUAGUGGAUUACCCCAACAGCAACAAAGCAAAGAAAUUCUUCUUGUGUCUGUUUGCAGGAGUGUCCGGAAAGCUGCCAAAGGGCCUUGGAGCGGAGCAGGAAGAGGACAUGAAGAGCCACGUGCAGUUUACAAAUGCCAGAUUGAGAUUUAAGAACAUGAAGGGGAAAUCUGUGAAGGGAAGCAGGGACUGGAUUCUGGAGAAGAAGGAGCGGCGAAGGCGUCAAGGAAGGACGGUUCGAAGUGACACCAAGUACACCGGAAGGAAGAGGAAGGCUCGAUUUUAGGAAGGCAGUGGCCGAGAGUUUAAUUUGGUUACAGCGUGCAGAGCCCCACGAGAUGUUCACUCGACAUGUACCUCUAGUGGUUAAUAACCACGCCAACCCUUUUACCAGGGAGUGGCUUCUCCAUUUUGCAGAUCUCAAAAAGGGACUGACUAGCUUUGCAAAUAAUGAACAGUCUGAACGAAGCCUGCUCCCUCUUUCACCUCAGUGCCUUUUGAUGGAGAGGGUCUCAGAAUGGUUCCGUAUCCCAAACUGUCCAGAUCUUGCCUGGAUAUCAAAAGGCUGAGCACAUUGAAGCCUGCACCACAUCACACUAUUGAUCCUGAUCUUGCACAAGGAGAAGUAUUACUAUCUUCCAACUCUCAAUGCUGAAGAUAGAUUUUAAUUCCCAGUGAUAAACCUCAUUAAAUUAUAGGAUGUAGGCCAACAUAAAUCUUUAAAAAAAUGUACUUUAUUGAUUGCUUGUAGUUAUAAGAUGAAUGUUUUAAUCUGAUUUAUGAAGUCUCUGCUGAAUUAAAUAUUGUUUUUUGUCCAAGACCAAAA